GUACUUUAAAUCUAUUCCCUACUCGAACAGCCAUUACUUAUCACCCUCUCACGACUGACCGAUUCGCAGAAUCAUACCAUCAUGGCAUGCUCCUCCAACACCAAUUCCUCUCGCGACGAGGCCCCACCCUUCGUCAGCACGAUGCCUCCCGCCGACUUCAACUGGCAGAUCACCCUCUCCGGCAAAGUCAUCGCCAUCACCGGCGCCAACCGCGGCAUCGGCCUCGGCAUCGCGGAAGUAUGCCUCGCCAACGCGGCCCAGCACGUCUACUCGCUGGAUCGGAUGGAACCCGAGGAGGAGACCCGGGCGCUGCAACAGCGCUACCCGAACUUCCACUGCCUCGGGGCGGAUGUGACCUCCCAGACGAGCGUGGAGGCGGCGAUCGAUCGCAUCGUGGCGGAGACGGGCCGCAUCGAUGGGCUCGUGGCCAACGCGGGCAUGACGCAGCAUCAGCCUGCGUUGCAGUUCAACAGGGAAGAGGUGGAGCGGCUGUUUGGGCUGAACGUGUACGGAUCCUACUUCUGCGCCCAGAUCGCGGCCCGCAAGUUCAUCGAGCUGGGCAUCAAGGGGUCCAUCGUCAUGACGGCCAGUAUGACCUCUUAUCGACCGAAUCGCGCCGCCCCGUCCGCGCCCUACGGCGCUACCAAAGCUGCCGUGCGCAACAUGUGCCACACCCUCGCGAUGGAAUGGAGCCCCCACGGCAUCCGGGUCAACAGUGUCUCGCCCGGGUUCGUGCGCACCGCCAUGACCUACUACGUGGAGACGGCGCCGGACUGGCCUCAAAAGAUGGAGAACUACGGGGGCAUGCCGCGGCUGGCCGACCCGCGCGAGCUGGGCGGCGCCUAUGUCUAUCUGUUGAGUGAUUGCAGUUCAUACACGACGGGGAUUGACAUUCCUGUUGCGGGGGUGGUUGGGGCCUGUGAAUGUCAGUCAGGGGUCCAAGGCGAGCCAAGAAGUUUCAUGGCGAAAGAAAUGGAGAACCACGAAUUUCCCUUCCUCGAGGAGGUCUUCACCCCAGCCGGACCGCCCAAGAUCGAGUGCAGCUUCGUCUUCGUCCACGGCCUCAACCCCCGCGGUCGCGUCGACCACCCCUACGAGACAUGGACCCACGCCAACGGCACCUUCUGGCCCCGCGAUUACCUGCCCCAGGACAUCCCCCAGGCCCGCGUCUUUGUGUAUGGGUAUAACUCCAACAUCACCAGUCCGCAGAGUAUGUCCACGGCCGGUGUGAAGGAUCAUGCGAAUACGUUGUUGAAUCUGUUGGAUUUGGAGCGGGAUCCGAAUAUGAAUGUACGGCCGCCAAAGAUCAUAUUCGUGGGACAUAGUCUGGGAGGGCUGGUGAUCAAGCAGGCCCUGCUGAACGCCCACGAAGACCCCAAGUACAACGCCAUCCGCAACAACACCUACGGGCUGGUCUUCUUCGGAUGCCCCCACCGCGGCACUAAAGGCGUCGAAUUGGGUAAGAUUGCGGCCAAGGUGGCGCGAUUCGUGGCCAAGGGCCAUGCCAGCAACGACCUGCUCGACAGUCUGGAGCACAACUCGCUCUUUACGCGGCAGAUGACGAGUCGCUUCUCCCACCAGCUGGAGGACUACCGGGUGAUCAGCUUUGUGGAGGGCAAGGAGGUGCUCCUGGGGGGCGUGGGGCCUGCCUCUGUCAGUCAUCUGGUGGUCGACGAGGAAUCCGCCGUGCUGGGCCUCCCCGGCCAACGCGAGACCCGCCUCAAACUCGACGCCGACCACUCGCAGAUGUGCAAGGUGGGCGCCCGUGGCGCCAUGUACAAGAUGAUCAAGGGCAACAUCAAGCAGAUCGCCGACCAGGUCCUGGCCACAGAACAGGGAUACAUCCCUUCCCCCUCCAGCGCCAACUCGACCUCCCCCCACCCCGCGCCACCACCCAUUCCCCCCCGCCUCCCCGUCAACAGCAGCAUGCCCUACCCCUCGCCGCAGAGCCCCCCGCCCAUCCCCAAACGCGUCACCGGCGCCUUCUUCACCGCCGUCGACACCGACCCGCGCUCCCUCCAGGCCGCCGCCCUCAAGAACAACUGGCAAUGGGACGAAGCCCGCAAGCUCGAGUACGCCAUUUUCCAGGAGCACCUGCGCAACCUUGGGGCGGACCACCACAGCACCCUCGAGAUCGGGUACCACCUGGCCGAGAUCGAUCUGGAGGCGGCCUACUACCCGAAAUCCGCCGAAUGGGCGCAGUGGGUGUCGACCCACGCGCAGCGGGUCUUCGGCGCCAAACACCCGCUGGCCAUGAAGGCGGAGAGCCUGUUGGGCGAGGUGCUGGCGCACCAGGGCAAAGGCCAGGAGGCGGAGUCGGUGUGCGCCAACGUGCUGGCGCGCCAGCAGAUGAGCAUCGGCGAGGACGAGCUCGACACGCUGCUGACGCGCCGCCGGCUGGCCGUCGCGUACGGGGCGCUGGAGCGGCGCGCCGAGGCCGUGCAGGCGCUCGAGAAGCUCACCGAGCGGCUCCGCCAGGUGCUCGGCCCCACGCACAUCCGCGUCUACGGCGCGGUGCUGGACACCGCCGAGCACAUGGUCGCGCUGCGCUCCAACGACACCACGCAGCUGGUCACGAUGCGCUUCCACCCGGCCGUCGAUCCGAUGGGCCAGGCCUUUGCGGCGGUGUCGCAGGAGUUGAUGCAGCUGCUGGGCGCGUCGCACCCGCUGGCCAUCAAGAGCGUGCGGCUCCUGGCCGCGAGCCAGAUGCUUGAGCCCGACGGCACGGCCGCGGCGUCGGAGACCUUCCGGCGCGCCCUGGCGGCCAGCGAGGAGUAUCUGGGGCCCGAGCACCCGGAGACGAUGGCGACCGUGGCGCUGAUGGGGGUGAUGUAUGCGUCGCAGGGCCGGAUCGGGGUGGGCACGUUCGUGGGCGCCCACCCCUCGCACACGGAGCUGGCCUCCCCCUGGCUGCUGCGGUAUCUGGGGUGGUGUGAGACGCGCAUGGGCGCCGACUGCGUCGAGGUGCAGUCCGUGCUGGACAUGCUGGCCAAGCUGUACUUCGAGGCCCGGGAUUACGUGCAGAGCCAGGAGUACUACGAGCGGCUGGAGCGGAGUUAUCGGGCGGCGGGCAAGGCGAUGCCCGAGCAGAGCGCGAAUUGGUUGCAGCUGUGUCGCAUGAACACGCGGUAUUUGGCGCCGAAGAAGGAGGUCGGGCUGCAGGGACUACUGAGGCAGUUUCAGCGGAUGUAGACGAGACUCUCUGGAAGAGGUGGCUGCUGCACUGGGUUUGUUUGCGUUGCUGCGAUAGCUGAGUAUACCACGCUGGUUAUGAAUGCAU